CCAGCCCUACCCAGCAACAUGGUGUAUUUUGGAAGCUCUCAGGAUGAGGAAGACGAAGAAGAAGAAGAUGAAGAAACAGAAGAUGCUAAGGUAGCUUCGAAUAAUGCUUCGUCUUCAUGCCAUUCGACGCCCAGGAAAGGGAAAACGCAGAAGCACGUUCCAAAUGGACAUGUCUUCAAUGGAUCUAACAGGUCAACAAAAGAGAGAGAGCCUGUUCAUAAACACAAAAUCAAAGAAAUGACACCAGCAAAGGAGAGAAACAGUGAACACAGAUCCGAGAGCCGAAAAGACCAGGCUGCUGCUAAUCACCAUCCCACAACAAACAUGGGCUUCUCCACAAAAGGGCUCACUGCUAACCACCAUCACACUCUUCAUCGAUCGGCUCAGGACUUAAGGAAACAGGUCUCCAAGGUCAAUGGUAUCACUCGAAUGUCAUCUCCGAGUACAAACACAGCCAGUGCCAAAAAGAUGAGAGAAGUCAGACCUUCACCGUCCAAAACUGUGAAGUACACUGCAACUGUGACAAAGGGAACUGUCACAUACACCAAAGCCAAGAAAGAACUGGUCAAGGAAACCAAACUAAAUCACCACAAACCCAGUUCACCCGUCAACCACACAAUCUCAGGGAAAACGGAAAGUAGCAAUGCAAAAACCCGCAAACAGGUGCUAUCCCUUGGAGCGGCCAAGCCCAACAAUACCGCGGUUAACGGUGUCAAGGUCAAUGGCAAGUUGAACCAAAAGACAUGCACUAAGGAGGUAGGGAGGCAGUUGAGGGAGGGGCUACGCAAUUCAAAAAGGAGGCUGGAAGAGGCAAACCACAUCGACAAAACGCAGUCCCCAACCAAGAAGUUAAAGGGCACGGUCAGCGUGACGGAAGCCCCGAGCAAAAAGGCCCCCGCGGAGAAGCCUUUGCUGAACGGCCACGUGAAGAAGCCUGGGAGUCAGGAAGUGCCACAGAAAAGUCUGGAAAGGAACAGGCCGAAGAGAGCCGCCGCCGGGAAGACCACGCCAGGGAAACAAGCACAUAACAAAACUGAAAAUGCCUCCUGUGAAAAUCAUUCUACCUCUCAAACGGAGUCCUUGCACAAGCCACACGACUCAGUGGGGAAGCACGAGAAGGGGGGGGUCGUCAAGUCCGGGUGGGCCACGAUGGAGGAGAUUCCCAUCCUCAGGCCUUCCGCGAAGGAGUUCCACGACCCGUUGAUAUACAUCGAGUCGGUUCGUGCUCAGGUCGAGAAGUUCGGGAUGUGCAGGGUGGUCCCUCCUCCCGACUGGAGGCCCGAGUGCAAGCUCAACGAGGAGAUGCGGUUUGUGACCCAGAUUCAGCACAUCCACAAGCUGGGCAGGCGCUGGGGGCCCAACGUGCAGCGGCUGGCCUGCAUCAAGAAGCACCUCAAAUCUCAGGGCAUUACGAUGGAUGAGCUUCCACUCAUAGGAGGCUGCGAGCUAGAUUUGGCCUGCUUUUUCCAGCUGAUCAAUGAAAUGGGGGGCAUGCAGCAAGUUACUGACCUCAAGAAAUGGAACAAACUGGCAGACAUGCUGCGGAUCCCUAAAACUGCACAGGACAGGUUAGCAAAACUGCAGGAGGCCUACUGCCAGUACUUGCUCUCCUACGACUCCCUCUCUGCCGAGGAGCACAAGAGACUGGAGAAGGAAGUUCUCUUUGAAAAGGAGGUCCUGGAAAAGCGGAAAGGCCCUCUGGAGGUACAUUUGGAUAACAACUACGAGUUCCAGCCUCUGCCCCGAUACGAGCCCAAAAAUGGACUCAUCAACGGCGUGGUUCAUAAAAACGGCUUCCGGAACAAGGCGAAAGAGAUCGAAGUCCCACAGAAGACGGGCCGGCGGCGACUCUUCUCUCAGGAAAAAGAGACCGUGAAGGAAGAGGAGGAAGAUAAAGGUGUUUUUAGUGACCUCCACAAAUGUGUAUAUAAGGGAAGGUCUGUUUCGUUAACGGCCUUUUAUCGGACGGCAAGGAACGUCAUGAACAUGUGCUUCAGCAAGGAGCCCACGGCAGCUGAACUAGAGCAAGAGUAUUGGAGGCUAGUGGAACAGAAGGAUUGCCACGUAGCAGUGCACUGUGGGAAAGUAGAUACCAACACCCACGGGAGUGGUUUUCCUGUGGGGAAAUCGGAACCGUUCUCAAGGCAUGGAUGGAACCUGACAGUCCUUCCUAAUAACACGGGAUCCAUCCUGCGACAUCUUGGUGCUGUGCCUGGAGUGACAAUUCCUUGGCUAAAUAUUGGCAUGGUCUUUUCUACCUCAUGCUGGUCUCGAGACCAAAAUCACCUUCCAUAUAUUGACUACUUACACACUGGUGCUGACUGCAUUUGGUAUUGCAUUCCUGCUGCAGAGGAGAAAAAACUUGACAAAGUGGUACAUACCCUGCUGCAAGCCAAUGGCACUCCAGGGCUGGAAAUGCUUGAAAGUAAUGUCAUGAUCUCCCCGGAGGUGUUGUGCAAAGAGGGGAUCAAGGUGCACCGUACUGUACAACAGAGUGGGCAGUUCGUUGUCUGCUUCCCAGGAUCUUUUGUGUCUAAAGUGUGCUGCGGCUACAACGUCUCAGAAACUGUGCACUUUGCUACCACCCAGUGGACAAGUAUGGGUUUUAAAACUGCCAAGGAGAUGAAACGGCGACAUAUACCCAAGCCAUUUUCCAUGGAGAAGCUGCUGUACCAGAUAGCGACGGCCGAAGCAAAGAAAGAAAACGGAUCGGCUCUGAGUCCAAUAUCGGCGCUUCUGGGAGAGCUCAGGGACACAGAGUUGAGGCAGCGGCGACAGCUCUACGAGGCAGGCCUCCAUUCCUCAGCCCGCUACGGGAGCCACGACAGCAGCAGCAGCAGCACGGGAGCGGAUGGGAAGAAAAAGCCUCGAAAGUGGCAGUUGGAGACGUCCGAGAGGAGGUGUCAGAUUUGCCAGCACCUGUGUUACCUGUCCAUGGUUGUACAGGAGAAUGAAAACGUCGUCUUCUGCCUGGAAUGCGCCCUGCGGCACGUGGAAAAACAGAAGUCUUGUCGAGGAUUGAAACUAAUGUAUCGUUACGAUGAGGAACAAAUAAUCAGUUUAGUCAAUCAAAUCUGUGGGAAAGUAUCUGGCAAAAACGGCACCAUUGAGAACUGCAUCAGCAAGCCUACACCAAAAAGAGGACCUCGGAAGAGAGCAACAGUCGACGUACCAUCAUCCAGACUUUCAUCCUCCAGUUCAUCCAAAAGUGCUUCAAGUUAAUCAUGAAGAUGCCAACACACACUCUCUUCUCUCUCUCUCUCUCUUUUUCUUUUUUUUGGUCAAUUUUAUAUAUAUAUUUUGUAAUUAUUAUAUCAUAGUUUGGAGUACUUGCUGUAGAAUACAAGCUGUCUUUGCACUAGCUCUAAAGAAGAUUUUCUUCUGGUUUUAGAGAACUAAUUUUGUUUUAGCAUUAAACUGUUGAAUUUUUUUUUUUAAUUUAGGAUAGAUGGAUACAGCAGUCAGGUCCCCCCCAAACACACUGCUGUGCAUUCACUGUUUUAAAACUGGCAAGAGGCAAAUGACAUUCACUUGUAUUUGUCCCUCUGUCUGAAAUUUUUUUUAAAGCCUUUUUUCCCCCUUCAGUAACUGUGAAAAAGGCUUUUCACCCCCACCCCUUCUUUUUGUGUUUUUUCCCUCCCCCAAUAGGUUGAAGUUUGGCGUGGGUGAUGAUUUGUUCUCCAGUCAUGACCGCAAGUAGUUUUUUUCUUUUUUCCAAGCCAGAAAAGGGAUAGGAGACAAAAACUUGAAAGAAAUCGCUAUACUUUUGGCUUGUAUUCUGUAACAGGCAGGAUGAGUUUUGUACCUUUUUAAAUCGGAAAACACACACUUUUCUUUGAGAGGUGACGGCAGCUGAAGAUGGACUUAGUUUUCUAACUGUAGGCAAAAUGGGAGAUUUGGAGAAACUGUUCUCUGUUACCAGCACUUCACUAUGCAUCUGUUCGAGGAGGAGGAGAAGAAAGAGAAAAAGACUGCCUGCCUUGAGGAGUCAUGUGAGCGAAAAACUGUGCCUGAUUUCAUUAGGAAAUCCAUUCUGUUAUUUUUUUGGUGCUGUUGGCUACUUUUGUCAAAAAGAGAAGAAAAAAAACCCUUCAAUAGCAUCCUUUAAAAAUGAUUGAAGCCAUAAGUGCUUCUUGUCAUAGACGUGCAAUCUUUAACAUUCCAUUUUCAUUCCACUGCUGUUUUACAUACCUUUUCACAGUCAGCAUUAAUUUUGUUUUUGUUAUAUGAUCACAUUUAGAGCCACUAGAAGGUUUGCAUCUUUCUUUUUGAAUGUGAAAAUGCAUUUUGCUCUCCAUUUUGUCUAUUUUUUUC